AUGCGGUAUAAGGUCUGGAUCUCUGCUUUUUUGUAUGUUGUUGUCGCUCAAAAUGAUACUACAGGUAAGGAACGGGUUUGUAUUUACUAUGUUAGGCUUUAUUUAUAUAAAAUAUUAUUUUAGAUAAUAAAAAUGGCUUAAAUCUAAUUCUAAACGACGUUAUAUUAUAGUAGCUAUAAAUAUAGUAGCUUUUAGUAUACAUAAGGUAAACUAACUUAAAAAUAACAUAACUAAUCAUACCCUUCAGUAUCAACUGCUUCAACUCCACUCACCUUUCCUCUAUCCACCUUGUCAACCAUAACUCCAGUAAUGUCAUCGUUGUCUACAGUAGUAUCAGAUUCCUCUUCUAAUGCUACAAAGUCUCAUUCAUCCUUUGCCGCUUGUGCUAAUACGACACAAUUUAAUGGAACUUCACAAGACUGGAAUCCUGACAUCGCUGAUGUAAAGGCGUUGUUAUGUUACACAGGAGUGGAGCAGAAAGAUAACUACAAGAGUUAUGAAGACUGCUACAAAGACAUCAGUUACUGUGACAUGAGGUAUCUGUUCACUCAGGUCAAGGAUGCUUGUAAUGAUAAUGGUAAUUGUUUAGUGGUACAAGGAGUACAUAAGGAUAAAAACAAGUUUAAUUUUUCCUUAAAAAGUUUUUACCGCAGUAUUGGUUUUUACCGCAAAUCUCACAAUCAAUAUAAGACACAUGAUAUCUUCGUACACUUAUACGUUUCAGAUUACACUUUCAACUUGAGGCGAUGGUGGUUUUGGCUACUAGUAAUUGGUGUGCCAAUCAUUGUACUGAUAUUGAUCAUUAUAUCUGUUAUCUCGGUAAGUCUAUGUUUCGUAUCGUAUACACUUACCUAUUUCAUAACAAAAUAUAUAUAUAUUUUAGAAAGUAAUGUUUUUAAUUUUAAAAAGUUAUAGUUUGGUAAGAAACCUUGUUUUAGAUCUUGAAAAUGUGUUGUUAACAUUACAGCUCGUGUACUUUUGUUGUUGCCGUCCUAGCUCGUACGCAUCGUAUGACAACAAAAUAUACAGUGUAGAUGCAGCUCCUCCAAUCCCAGUGACUUACGGCAACCGUGCAUUCUCAUCCACGUACUAA